AUGGCUAAAAUAUCAGUGGAAGAGAUAAAUCAAGUUGAAAAGCUGAACGGAGUGGAAAACUUUCAACUGUGGAAAUUUGAAAUAACAAUUCUGCUGAAAGCGAACGAUCUAUAUGAAGUAGCUACGGAAGUUUCUGCGGUACAAGACGCAGCUUGGCUCAAAAAGGACGCAAAUGCACAAAAGGAGAAGCAGCUAUAUUGCAAGAUAUGCAAGAAAAAUAAUCACUUAGAGAAGGAUUGUUUCUUUCGAGAUAAGGAGACUAAGAAAAAGGAUCAGCAAACUGACAAGGUGUCGUUUCUUGUGCACAAACAAGAAAAUACAUCAUCAUGGAUAGUGGACUCAGGCAUGACAUCUCAUAUGACUAAUAAGCUGGAACAUCUGGAAAAUUUUAAACAAGAACGAUCCAAAGUCGGCGUAGCAAAAGCAAAUGAAUCAAUGUUGUCCAAAGGAACAGACCUGAAUUCAAAUCUGAUAUCAGUUUCUGCUAUCACGGAUCAUGAAGGAGAAGUGAUAUUCACUGGAAAAGAGGUAAUAAUUAAAAAGGAUAGAGAGCAAAUUCUCUGCGGAAGCAAGAAGGAAAACGGACUGUACGAGAUAGAGCUUUACACAAACAAACGAGAAUCAGAAGAGAAAUCGUAUGCAGCAUACAGAUUGGAUUCAAUAAAAAUCUGGCAUAAAAAACUAGGUCACUUGAGCUUCAAUGGAAUGAAGAUUUUAAAAGAGAUUUCAAAAGGCAUGGAUUUCAUUGCGAAAGAUCUGAAAGAAGUGGAAGCAACAUGUGAAAUUUGUCUGAAAGCUAAACAAACAAGAGUGCCAUUCGAAAAAUCUGAAACAAAAACAAAACGACCCCUAGAAUUAGUACACUCUAACGUCUGCGGUCCUGUGGAAACUCAAACGUGGAAUGACAAAAGAUACAUUUUAACAAUGUUAGACGAUUAUACACACUUUACUGUAAUCUACUUACUGCAAAACAAGUAUGAAGUCGCGGAUACAAUUAAAGAAUAUGUAAAAUAUGCUGCAGCUCAGUGGAACACGAAACUGACAAGAUUAAGAUGUGACAACGGUCGCGAGUAUGCAAACAAGAAUCUACAAAAUUGA